AUGGACCUCCCAACGCUCCCCAUCUCUCCCUCAAUGACCUACGUCUUUUCCCCCGACCAACACGGCCACCUCGUCCCAUGGAUCGCCGCCCUGCACGCCUCGUGCAUGACCAUGGACCGGAUGAUCGGGCCUUUCUUGCCUCCCCUCGAAAACGGCAAGCUUCUGGGAUGGUGGAGGGAGCGAAUCGCCGAGUCCAACCAGGGCACGCGCGUUAUCGUCCUGCUCCUCCCCGAGACUCCUCCCGGCAGCAAGCCGGUGGGCAACGACCUACGAGGACUGGCAAUGCUCAAGCUAAGCGACACGGAGACGGGUUCGUUCAGGGGCAAGAUCGAUACCUUGUUGGUGAAUCAGAAAUACCGGAGGCAGGGGGGCGCCAAGGCGUUGGUGGAUGCGUUGGAGUAUGAGGCUGCCAGGAGGGGGAGGACUUUAUUGCGUGUUAACACCGAAACAAACUCCCCCGCCGAAGCCACCUUCAAAAAGUUUGGGUACAUCGAGUUCGGCCAAGUGCCCCAGUUCAGCAAAGCCGUCAUUCCUCAGGGCAGCCUCAAGAAGAGCGAAACGUUUUUCUACAAGGAUCUUCUCGCAUUUUCGCAGCCGCCAUCUGGUUCUUCUUCUAACUCGUCCUAG